AUGCUGGGUAUUUCUGGUACCGCCACCACUCUCUUACUCCUCAUUCUUGGGGCCACCGUACGUGCCGAUGAGCCAACAACGGAGGAACAAAUGGCCGCAAAUCUCGGUAUGUCCAAAUUUCUCGUCCACUUUUCGCGCUUUGCGUGUCCUGAAAGUCCUUCGACAGGCGACAAGGCCGAGUGUGUAGCGUAUGGCUACCAGCCAGUCACCGACGCCUUUGCGAAGAACGAGUUUCCGCCGAUCUGGGUGCCCGUCGCGGGCGUGUCGAACGACACAGAGGGCUACCAAAAAUUCUUGUCGAUUAACGGCAGUGUGCCGAACAUCGCGCCGAAGGGCGUCAAUGGUGUCCCAACACCAAAUCUUGCAUAUGAUGCCGCGAAAGAUCCCGACUGCUGGUGGACAAACACGCAAUGUGUGACUCCCAAGCAUGAUGGCGUCAAGGCUGAUAUUGCGGACGUCCCAGAGCCCAAGACACUGGGGUACGGGUUCGAUGACGGGCCAUAUUGUGGGCAUAACGAGUUCUACAACUUCUUAACAUCCAAGGGACAGAAAGCUACCAUGUUCUACAUCGGCUCGAAUGUGGUAGAUGGCCCGCUACAGGCGCAGCGCGCCGUUAAGGAUGGUCAUGAGCUUUGUGUCCACACCUGGGCUCACCCUUCGAUGACCGCGCUCACGAACGAGCAAGUUUUCGGCGAGCUUUGGUACACCAUCAAAGCUAUCAAGCUCGUUACUGGCGUCACUCCCACUUGCUGGAGGCCACCUCGCGGAGACGCUGAUGACCGGGUGCGGUUCAUCGCUCAAUCGCUCGGACUCGACACGAUCAUGUGGAAAUACGACUCGUUCGACUGGGAGCAAGGCACCAACGGCGUCACCCCGGCUGACGUGCAGAACAACUACAACAAACUCAUUAAUGACGCAAAAAGCGGGGUCCUAAACUCCAGGGGCGCCAUCCUCCUCACGCACGAGCUGAGCAACUACACAAUGCAAACAGCAGUCGACAACUACCCCAAGCUGGUCGAGGCGUUCGAUUACAUCGUCCCUGUUGGCGUUGCGUACAACAAGACGAACCCGUAUGCCGAGACUAGCGUCACACAGCCGUCGUUUGCACAAUUUGCCGCGGCCCAUGGCGGCCCGCCCGCGCCGUCCGGCUCCGCUAGCUCGUCACCGAAGAGCGCAAGCGGAAGCCCACCUGCACCUUCUGCCUCGGGUGUCAAGCUCGAUAACUCGAACUCGACCAAAGCGAACAACCAUAGCGGUGCUGUUACGGUUCGUUUACAGCUUCCUGCUACCAUCCUUGCAUUCGUCGGCCUCGCGAUGACCUUCGCUGUGUGA